UCACUUCUCCAAAAUAGUGUUAGCCACUGUGUCUCCUCCGUUGUUCUCUUCUAUUUUUCAUUUUUUCUAUUUUUUUUAUUCACUACACGCACACAUCCGGAUCGAUUCCUUUGAUCUGGAGGAGAGCGGAGAGAUACUUUGAAUAUCUCCCAGAUUAGCUGUUCAAAAUCCAGCUAUUCAGGUUCUAACUUGGGCCAACAUAUGAAUCCCCGCUCAGAAAACCCAAUUCAAACAGAAACGUUUCUCCGCUCUGGGCUGUUUCGCGGUCGUCCGCAUCGUUAAGGGUUUUGGAAAGGGGAACCUAGAAAAAUGCCUCGAUACAAAAAAGAUCCUCCCGUAAUUCGCGUUUAUACUGUCUGCGAUGAAUCAAGAUAUUUGAUUGUGAGAAACGUUCCCGCUUUAGGAUGCGGCGAUGAGUUGUUGAAACUUUUUGCUACAUAUGGAGACAUUGAAGAUUUUAAACCUAUGGAUGCUGAAGACUCUGAACCAUUUACUGAUGUUUACUGGAUCAAAUUUCGUUUGGUUAGCAAUGCCAGGUUUGCAAAGAGAAAAUUGGAUGAGUUUGUUUUUCUGGGGAAUAAAUUGCAGGUCUCGUAUGCACCUCAGUUUGAGAGCCUUUCUGAUACAAAGGACAAGUUAGAAGGAAGAAGAAAGGAAGUACUCGCAAGAUUGAAUUCUGGAAGAUCCAAUGGGCUUAAAGUUCAUAGUCCGGUUGUUUCAAGUGAGACUUCAUUGCUUGCAGCUUCCUCACAGACUGACUACAUUUCUCAGCAUAUAAACUCCAACGGGGUUUUGGACUCUGUAGGAUCACAACAUAUAAACAAUCCUCCUAUAGCACGGGUUUCCUCCGACCAGGAAUAUUUCCCUUCAGACUCGAUGAAUCAAACUGUUAAAUUGGUCAGGGAAAAACUUAACAAGAUUCAAUCGAGUACUGAACAUAUACAAGGUGGGUCUGCUCCCAAGAAGACAAGAAUUGACAAUAGAAGAAGAAUCUAAUGGAACUAUUAUGAUAUUCAGAGUUUUGUUUUUGGACUAGUUUCAGCUGCCCUUGACGUUCUGUCGCUACUAUGAAAUGAUAGGUACUACAAAAUGGCUGAUUGUUUUGAGCUCUUUUUGUGUAAAAUGUACAUAAACAACUGCUUGAUGCAACUCUGAUUUAUUUAUGAGUCAGAAGAUCAUUUUGCCCAUGAAAUGUAUUUCUCUUUUUUGAAACAGAAGCAAUUUGAAAAUCUACAAAUUAUAUA